CUGUUAUCUGUACGAUAAAUAUCUGCAGAUUGUGAUCAAUCAUUGCAGCACCAUUAUAUGAACACAGUCAAAGUGACACUCACUUCUUCUUGACUCUGGGAGGGACCAUUAUCAGAAUGGAUCCAAUGGAGAUCGAUGACAGUGUACAUAUGGAGAGGAGCCUCAUCAAGGAUGGCCUUGAUACCAAAGUUGAUCUUCAAGGAAGAAAGCCCCCCUCUAGACGUGCCUUUGUGUGUCUUGGAUUAAUGUGCACGUUCCUUUUUGCUGCAAUUGUAGGACAGUUCCUCUACUAUCACACGUUCACCAAGCCCACAUCAGAAGACCUGAUUCAGACUGCUAACAGCACUGGAGAACAGUUAAAGGCCGUAUGGCGUAACGUGACUAAAGAGAAAGACCAACUGCAGCAAAGCUACAACACCCUGAAACAACAGAAAGAUCAGCUUCAAACAAACUAUAACAGCAUUCAGAGGAAUCUGAACAACCUGCAGAGAGAAAGGAAUGACUUACAGACUCAGUUUAACACCAUGAGAACAAACAGAGAUGAGUUACAGAGGAGUAAUGCUGCACUGAAGAGUGCAAAGGACCAGUUGCAAAGAAACAAAGACAGCUUGCAAAGCCAACUUAAUACUCUGCAGAGGGAGAAAGAUCAGCUGAGGGCCGACUACAACAAUUUGACUCAAGUUAGAGAUCAGUUGCAACAGAGAGUCAGUGUACUAGACAAACCUUGUCCAGGAGCAUGGAGCAAGUUUGGUUGCAGUUGUUUCUAUGUUUCCACUCAAAUAAGUACCUGGUCUUCAAGCAGUGACUACUGCAUCUCCCAAGGAGGUCGUCUGGCAAUCUUAAACAACAAGGAAAAAAUGAUGUUUAUCAACAAGUUGCUGGGAUCACGUACAGACGUCUGGAUCGGUCUGACUGACAGUGGUAGUGAGGGGACCUGGAAGUGGGUGGAUGGGUCCACCGUCACAACUACAUUCUGGAAGCCUGGGCAGCCCAACAGCAAAGACAUAGACCAGGACUGUGGAGAAUUUUGGCAGGGGGGAAAAGUUGGAUCGUGGAAUGAUGAAAAUUGUGCAACUGAAAGUAUAAGUGUGUGUGAAAAACCCCUUUAACAUACAGUUAACCUGUUCUGUAUUUACACAUCUCUGUAUAUAAACAUCACAUUCUACAUCACAGAUGUAAAAUAUCCUGUUUGUUUGCUCUCUUGAUUCAAAACAAGGAAAUCUUAACGCAGUGCUCUGUUAUAAAUUUCAAAUAUUGUACACUUGGUUGAUGAGUGGUGCUUGAUGAUUAAAAAAAAUCUGAUUUUGUAUUCAUUGACUGAUGCCAGACUCUGCUGUGGCUUUUGGUAAAGCUUUAUUUGACAAAUUGCCUUCUUUAUAAUGAAAUUAAAUACAUGUUAUUGAGUGCGUAUUAAAAAUAAUCCUAUUUGCUAUGAGGUAUAAACAUUCAAUAUUUACAAAAGUAUUAAUACUGUACAAAACUGUUAUAACUAUGUCAGAGUGGUACAACAAAA